AUGGCUGCAAAAAACGGCGGGCUACGGCCGCUCAGCGCCACCGCAACAAACACGCUCGGCGCGUCGAAACACACGCCCGCCGCCAAGCCCGCCGGCGCGCCGGAACCGCAAACGGCUGCAAACGGCGGGUUGCUCCGCACGCUCAAAAGCGUCUUUGGCCUCGCCAAGCUGCCCGAGCAGCAGCGGCUCGAGGCCCGCGAGCAGCGCGAAAACGCCAACAGCCCCUUCAUCCAGUACCCCUUGGUCACGCGUGAGCAGAUGCGCCGCAUGGCGUCGCACGCAUACCGAUUGGACGUGGGCCACGCGUCGUUCGCCCACCACAGCUUCAGCGCGGACCCCACGGUGCACUCGCUCAGCGACUUGACGGACCCCGCGCAGCUCAACUCGCUCUUGCCGCGGCGCCGCCCGCAGGGCUCUCCCGUGGACACGUUGCUGAUCAAGGCCGGCGACGACGCCAUGCUAGUGCUGCCCACGGUGAUGGCCAUUGCCGACGGCGUGUCCGGCUGGGAGUCCAAGGGCGAGCAGGCCUCGCUGGGCAUCUGGGCGCGGUCCAUGGUGGAGACGCUCAGCCGGCUCUUGACCGAGUACCGCUUGAGCCACAUGCCGCAUGUGUUGAACGCACGUGACGUCCAGCAGGUCUUGGACGACUCGUUUCUCCACACGUCGCACCUCAUGGACUUGCAGGGCCUCAAGGGCUCGUCCACGCUCCUCUUGGGCAUGUUGAGCGGCGCCACGCUCAAGUACAUCAGCAUCGGCGACUCGCGGCUCUGGGUGGUGCGGGGCGGCCGGGUCAUCCGCUCCAACACCGAGCAGAUGGCCGCGCCGUUGUGCCCGCAGCAGAUCGGCACCCAGACCUUGGGCCGCAUGCCGUCCGAGAUGGCCGAGGUGGACGAGGUCGCGUUGCAGGAAAACGACCUCAUUGUCAUGUGCUCCGACGGCAUCUCCGACAACUUGUUUGACCACGAGCUUGUCGACGCUCUUCACCAGUACCUCGCGCCGCCCAACAGUAGCGUGCGUGUGGCGUGCAGCAAGAUCUUGGCCAAGUGCAAGCUGGUGGCUUAUGACGACAAUGCCUACACGCCGUACAACGAGAAGGUGAACGCGCCUCCGGGGCAGGCUGCGAAGAAGGCCAGCCUCGGGGGCAAGAUGGACGACAUGUCCAUCUGCAUAGCCCGCGUCGUUGCAAAUGAGUCUGCGGCGAAGUGA